CCAUAACAGAAACUGGUAGAAGCAAUUAACCUAGUUUGUUUACAUUUCAAAGAGAAAUAACAUUUAUCUUCUGUCUCUACAGAAUAUAAAAUAAAGUGUCUGAUGUAGCACCAUAAACUGAGAAAGGCGAAAGUAAAGAAAAACCGCAAAACAUGUUUGUCAACACACAAACCUUGCUUGCAACACUGAGCAUUGGUCUUUUCGUGUAUUACGUCAUCAAACGAAUGAAAUAUCGUCUGCCACCGGGACCCUGGUGCAUACCAUUUGUCGGCCAUUAUAAAAUUUACUCGUCUGUUGAAAUGCAUAAGAAAGUUGCAGAGCUGUCCAAAGUGUACGGUCCUGUUGUGCACCUGUCUUUUGGUACACAAACUUGGAUUUUCCUGAACAAUAAUGACGUUGUAAUAGAGGCAUUGGUAAAAAAGAAGGCAGAUUUUGCUGGAAGACCAAAGUUAGCAUCAACUGAUGCAAUCUCUGCAGGGGGGAAGGACAUAGCGUUUAGUUCCUAUUCGCCAGCUUGGAAACUUCACAGGAAAAUUGCCGGCCAAGCCCUUAGGAACUAUUUACAAGGGGACCUUCUUGAAAAUAUGAUUCAAGAGAACAUGGAAAAAUUCCUUAAUAAGAUGGCUCAGGAAAAAGAUCCAUUCAUAUUUAAAGACUACGCAGAUUCAAUGGUCUUCCAUCAACUGUACACUAUUUGUUUUGGGCAGAAACUUCCUAUUGAUGACCCGGAAGUAAAAACUCUUCUUAAGCUAGAAGAAGACUUGAUUGAUGCAUUUGGUUCCGGAUUUGUUGAGGAUUUAGUACCGUGUUUGAAGGACCUCUGUCCUACUGCAAAAUGGAAGAAGUUUGUUCAAAAGGCAGAGCAACUAGAACAAUUUAUAAGAGCUAAAUAUAGAGACCAUGUAGAUACGUUUAAACCAGGUGUCAAUAGGGAUUUUAUUGAUAGUCUGUUGGCGGCUAAAGAAGAAGCAGAGAAUGAGGGAGACGAAUCCAUACUGCAGAAGUUGGACGAUACACGUUUAGUUCAAACCAUUUCAGAUAUAUUUCUCGCCGGUGUUGAUACUACCAGAUUUACAAUGGACUGGUUUAUAUAUUUCAUGACCAUGUAUCCGGAAAUUCAGACCAAAUGCCAGGAGGAAAUUGACAGGGUCAUCGGGGCAGGACAUCCAUCAAUGAAGGACCGAAACAAACUAGACUACACUGAAGCGUGCUUGUUUGAAAGUAUGAGACUUGGAAGUGUUGCAGGACUUGGUAUCCCACACAUGACCAUUUGUGAUUCACAAGUUGGUGGAUAUGACAUUCCAAAAGGUACCUUGGUCUUUAUAAACCACUGGGCUCUUCACAAUGACCCGAAAUUCUUUAAAGACCCAGAAAAAUUUGACCCUUAUCGUUAUCUUGAUGAAAACGGGAAAAAGAAGCCUACCAGGCCAGACAGUUGGCUCCCUUUCUCAGCUGGCAACCGCGUUUGUUUGGGGGAGACAGUCGCUAAACCUGAAAUAUUGCUGAUGUGCGCAAACCUGCUUCAGCGAUUUGAAUUCCGUCUCCCAAAUGGCGAGAAAGCAAAUCCUGAACACAGACUGACUGGACUAGGCACGGAGCUUCCUGCUGAGUAUAAGAUCAUUGUAAAGGACAGGGUUACCAAGAAAUAAUUCGUGAGAAAUAUCACCAUUAAUCACAUGGACAAUAUAAGAGGUUUUUUAAGAAAUACUUGGUGCAUUAGAUGGGAUGUUAGGUGAUUUGAAGAAAGGGACUAAGGAACGCAUCGACAACCCUCAAUGGUUCAAAAAGUGGGAUCAGAAUGAAUUGGAGACGAAUUUCCUUUCCUCCUUGACACCUGAUCCCACAUCUGUAAUUUCCAGGGAUCCGUGUUUUAUUCCUUCUUCACAUAUUUGUAUAGUUUGUUUGUUUGUUUUUUAUCGAUCACUGUUUGUUCUCUUCGCCCCUUUUCAUUAAAUAUAAUUAUCAUAUGCGUAAAGAUUGACCAUGUGUCACUCGACAAAAGGUAAUUGACAAAGAAUGACUAAGGAAAUACUAAAUUUUUGGAACCGUACCUAUAAAUCAAAAGUUUACAGAAUCUUAAAUACCUGUCUGAGUGGCAUCAAAAGGAUUCAAGGUUUUAUAACCUAAAAAAAAUCCCACAAUCCAUUUUUAAUCCAAACAAUGAUUAUAUCUAUAUUCAGACAUUUGCAAUAUAUCUCAUAAACUAGAGGUACUGUGAGCAAUGAGCUCACGAAAUGAUACCCCCGCCUCCCAUAUGAAUAUAAUGGGAGUGUCCAUGUUUUGUUGUGGGAAAAUGUGUCAGAUCAAAAAGUAAAAUAGGAGGUGCACAAUGGCAAUACGUAAAAAAGAUUCUGUGAAUGUUUCAUCAAAUUUCAUUUAGUGGUAUGAGAGGAGUUGCGGAUAAGAGAUGAGUACCCCAAAGCGUAACAGACAGACAGACGGAUGUACAGCUAGACGUACGGAC